AUGCAAUAAAAGCGAAAUCAGGAAUAAUUGAGAAAUGCCUUAUAAUAACAACUGUUCCCAAAGAUGCAGAAGAAAAUCGAAUACUCGAAAGUGAAACCAAAAAGGUAUACGUCUAUUUAUAAAUGAACAAGGGCAAUUAGAAUUGAGGAUGCCAACAAUAGACUUCCUUAGACAUUUCCUCAAAUCGAAUCGAUGGAGAUAGACUUCCAAGCAAAAUAUAGAUUGGGAGAGAGAAUAGGGUAGGGAGCACACGGCGUGGUGAAAUAAGCAAUUAAGGAAGAUACAGGGGAGAUUGUGGCAGUCAAGAUUUCUAGUAGUGGAGAUCCUGAGUUGGUGAAGACUUUUACUGAAGCCUACAAAAAUGCAAGAAUGCUCAACCAUUAAUACAUAAUUAAAGUGUAUGAAUGCUACAUCGAUGAACAAUCAGAAGCUCUAUUUUUAGUGAUGGAGUACUCAAAUCUACGCUCAUUGGAAGAAGUAAUGCGUCAUACCAAAUUAACGUAUUUGUAUAAACGUCAAUUAGCGAAGAAUAGACCAAGAUUCUCAUCAGACACAUACUUCUGGCAUUGUAACAUAUCCACGAAAGAGGAGUCGCUCAUAGAGAUCUCAAACCAGAUAACAUUUUGAUCGAUCAAAAUUCAUUAGAUAUUAAAAUUAUAGAUUUUGGAGUUAGUAGAAGAUUUAAGAAAUAUAAUGGCAGAGAAUUCAUUGAUGUAGACAUGUGGACCAGAACUGGAAAUGUAUACUAUACAGCUCCUGAAAUUCUCAUAGGAGGUGGGUACAAUGAGAAAGUUGAUCUAUGGUCCUUGGGAGUAUGUUUAUUUCGUAUCCUCUCUGGAAAUCUUCCCUUCUUUAAGGAUAGUGUCUUGGGCACCACUAAGAUGAUAUUAAAAGGGAAAUUUGAGUUGGAUCAUAGCGUAUCACACUUGGCACGAGAUUUCAUAACGAGACUUUUAAACCCUAAUCCCCUAUAGAGAUUAUCUGCCUAAUGUAUAUUUAGAGAUUCACAUCUUAGUGGCCUUGCAGCAUCCUUGGUUGUAUUGUCAAAACUCUGAACGAUUAUCUCUCGAGAGUUCUUAACAUCCUAAAUCUAGUUACAGAACUAAUGAUGAUAUUAAGGACUUUAAUUAAUUUGAAAAGAAGAAUUCCUAUUACAGUAGAAAUUUGCAUAUGAGAAGUAAUACAAUGUCUAAGAGUCCGAUUGUGCAACAUGAUCGCCAAAUAUCGCCUAAAUCUCCUCUUGAAAUUUUGCAAAAUGAUAUUGAUGGAGAGAUUCAAUAAUCCCCCUUGAUUAAAUUGAAAAAAAUUUAACAUUAAAUGAACAAAGAAAUCAAUAUUAUAAGGAGAAGCCAGCAAAAUGAAUUGGGGUUUUUUAGGUUCAGAAUGCCAAACCAAUUUGGAAAUCGAAAUCUUCUACAAGAUUAUUAAUGA